UGUCAAAACCUCCUCUACCGUGGUCAAAACAUUUGUACCUAUACUAUAUAUUAUAUUUGUCAUGAAAAAAUACAAGCAACUUAAUAUUUCACUUCAUUAAAAAGUAUACAAUUUUCUAAUAUGUCUAACACAUUUGAAGAUUUCAAAAGUAAUUUUGCCGAUGCUGAAUGGCAAUUUUGGUGUAGACUCUGUGCUAAAGACGAUGUACGAAAUAUCAAUAUAUCUCCAGAACAAAACCAAACUACAGUUCACAAACCUGCUGCAGUUAUAGAUUUCAUAGCGGAGUUUUUUGAAGUUCAUAUACGGCAAAAUGAAAAUUUACCACAUUGGCUUUGUGCACAAUGCUUGUAUAUUUCCAUGUCCACAAUGUGAUAAAAAAUUCCAAACUAAGGAAUAUGUUUUGCGACAUAUAAAGUUUGUACAUGAAGAUAUACGUUCAUUCAUAUGCGAAGAAUGUGGUGAGUGUACACGCACGGAAGCUACACUGCGGGAACACAUGCUUAUACACACCGACUAUGCACCUUUUGAAUGUGAAGUUUGUAAGAAAGGAUUUAAAAAUCAAUCGAGGUUGAAGCGGCAUAUGGAGAUGCACAGCGAUCAUAAACAUAUAUGCGGUGAAUGUGGUUUAGAAUUGAAUUCGCGUUUAACCUUGAAUCGUCAUAUGCUUGUGCAUUCUGAUAAAAUGCAGCAUAAAUGUGAUUAUUGUGGGCGCGAAUUUAAACGUGUGAAAGCUUUAAAAAGUCAUUUAAUACUUCAUAGUGGCUUAAAACCAUAUUCAUGUGACUUCUGUGACAAAACGUUUGCCCAUGGCUCAAAUUGUCGCACUCACAAAAGAAAGUUUCAUCCCGAAGAAUUUGCGGCCUUAGAGGCUUCCGGAGAAAAGAAGUUCACUAAAAAUAUCCCUAACUUAGCGGUUUUAAAAACAGUUACCCGCACAGCUGAGAAUCUUUUGCCCGUGGUAUGUAAACAAAGUGGAAACUUUUCUUCCGGCAAAAAACCGAACCUCCAAUCAGUUGUAAAGGAGAAACACAACACCGUUCCUACGACAGUAGGGUCUAAGUAAACGGAAGGGACCCGGAUUUUUAUCCAAUAUUGUCAAUUCGACGCCAUUCCUCGAAAUUACUUCAGGAAUGUUUUCUGCCUCUAUGAAAACAACAACGAAACAUAAAAAUAUGCAGGGAAUAAAACAUAAGAGUGCUAUGACGCUGUGAUUGUGCUAAAGCGAUUACUCUUGGCCGGCGACCUGAAGAUGACUAUAAUAACAGACAAUAUAAUACCAAGAAUUGAUAACUGGGUCAAUGGGUAUACACACGCAACCUAUAUUAACUUAUGUAUGUAUGUAUAUGAUGUAAACAUAUGUAUGUUGGUUGAUAUUAACGGCUACUCUGCUGUACGUGUUUAAAAUUAAGUCUUAAUUUUUUAAUGAAUAAAAAGUCUGCAGUUAUUGUAAAUGUAUAAAAAGAGUCUAGUUGAGAUGCUCUUAUUAAAGCCUCACUUAAGCAUACCAAAAUUGUCAGUAUGUAUUGAAAUGUAUUUAUAGAAGAAUCAGACAAACAUACAUACAUAUGCCUGAUCGUAGUGAUAAGUCAUAGUCUUUAAUUAUUUCACUAAGUUAACAUUUUUUAUUGCAUUAUAUUAUAAUAAAUGGUAAUCAGGA